AUGGGAAUUCAAUCAGACCCACGCAGAUCAGUGCUAGAAAGACUUGGAGUUCCAAGCAAGUCGUCUGAAGAGAAAAAUCAGCAAGAAUUGAAAACUAGAGUUCAUGUCGAUUCAACGGAAGACAAUGAAAUUCAGAGUUUAAUCCCGUCACGUAUGAAACGUCACUCUACAUUAGACGUAACUUCAGGUGACCAACUCAAAGUGAAGCGACGAACAAUCAUACAAACUCGGGAAAGUUUGAGUCAUCAAAACAAAAGUGACGAUGAAGAAGCGGAGGUUCUAGCUGUUCAUCACAUUACGAUCAAAGAGCUCGACGAAGAGGAACCUUUCGAGGAGGACAUGAGGCUCCUACCGCAUUAG